AUGUUCCAACACCAAUCCCACGACCCGAGCUUCCUCGAGUCCAAGGCAGGGAAAGAUUACCGCUUCGCUCUUCCGGGAUUCAACCGGCCGUUAGACUUUGCUCCGAUGGAAAAAAACAUCUACGGUGUCGAAAGUCGGAGUAUUUUUCCAUCUGCGCUGGAUGAUAGAGAUAUCCAAGCAGGAUUCGUGGACCUGCCCGUCUUGACCCUCCGUGAGAUGCGUAUGGUAGAGUUUAUGGAGGACCUGACUGAUAUUCCUGAGUGGUGGAAAAAGGUUGGUUUUCCGAUAAAACUGAAACAGAUCAUUCUGCUGAAGUCAUCUCAGGUCUUUGAGCCCGCUACACAAGAGAAGUGGAAAAAGGCCGCUAUGAACAGUGGCAAAGACAUCACCCUCAACAUGGCUGAAUGGAUUAUUGAUGAACUUCAAUUCAAGGCAAUGAUCUACGAGGUUACAGAUGUAGUCGCCCUGUACAACGGCGAUGUCACCAAGUCUGAUACAAACCUGCCUAAAUCGCUCUACAGCGAUAUGAGAUCCCAGUUCGCUGCGCUAGAGUACGAUGAGAAAUCAAUGCAGUACUUCUAUCCAGGAAGCCUAAACAAAGAGCGUGACCUCAUUUCCAUGGCAUUGUACCCGGUCGUUUACGGCAAGACUCGCAUUCUCACAGACAGAAUCAUUGGGCUCGAUGACGCCCUCAGGUACGCUGGCAAGGGCGAAGUUAUUCCAGUCCCAAAAGAGACUGGAAUAACCAGGGAAGAUAUUGCCUGGCGUGUCUUAGCCCGCGCAGAUAUCAAGGUUCGGCCCUACAACCGGAAUUAUCAGAUCCUUCCUUCAGACUGGGAACUCGGCGAUGAUGGACAGUGGCACAUAACCACAUACAUCAACAACGUACACCCAGUCAAACACCGGAACCUCUACAAGCUCCUCGAGCAGGCUUUCAAUUGCAUCAUUCCGCAGUGGAAUGCAACCUUGACUCCCCUCAAAGACAUGCUCCAUUCCCGUGCCCGAAUCGAAUACCACAAGGCAGAGUAUUAUCCAGUCCCAAAGGAAGUAGCUGCUCAAGCACCUCAGAUACACCCAAGGGAGGCGCAGAGUGAGUUUGAUGUGCGCACGGAGAAGUGGAGAAUGGAGAACUACCGCGCCAUCCAACCCGACGCAGGCAAGUUCAUUCCCUGGGCAGUUCCACCCUGGCUGAUGGACAAAUUGCCCGAGGACCUACCUAGUGCGGUUCGCAUUGAGCGAGGUGUCGAUCUCAACCGGGACUACAAGGAACGCGGACUUCAGGUCAUCACACGUCUGUUGGGCGUUGAUCUAACUCCGGAAGAUCCAACUUUCGAGACAAACUGGCAUGGUGACGGCACGAUGAACGAGCACAUCUGCGCCGUAGCAGUCAUACCAUACGACCACAACAAUUUACUCGACCCGUUCAUGGAAUUCCGCAACAUAGUAGAAUCCGACACGCUUGGAGAAAUCGAGCACGACCCAAGCGACUUCAUCUGGCUGCAGCAAGUCUUUGGCUUGACAAACGGCGAGCCAGCAAUCCAAUACCCAGGUUCGAUCUGUGCUAACAUCGGCCGGGUGAUCAUGUACCCAAGCACUAUACAGCACAAGUUUACGCGCUUCGAGCUGAAGGACAAGACUAAGCCUGGAUACGCGCGCACCGUGGCGUUUUACCUCGUCGAUCCUAAUAUCCGCAUCAUCUCCACUGCCAAUAUCCCGCCGCAGCGUCUGGAUUGGACUAAGGAGUUGUCGCCUGGGGAAGGCGUUAAGGAAGGCUUGCAAAGGCUAGCGCUUGAGAAUAUGAAGUCCAAGGGUGAUAUGCCGAUGAGUCUAGAGGAGGCUUUGGAAACAAGGAUCAAGCUUCUGAAGGAGAUGGAUGAAUUUACUCGCUAUCAGCAUGUGGCUUUUGAGUCGAAUGUUUUAAUGCUCUAA